CUCCCAACAUAUUUUCAGACAAGCAAAGAAAAGAAUUCCCUUCUCAUCUUCUUUAAUCUCAUUUUAUCUUCCCUAUAUUUUCUUCUCCCCGGUAUCACUUUGAAAUUCUCUGUUCUUCUCUUCAUUUCUCUCAAAUGGCAACAUUUUUUAGCAGAAUUGCCGUGAUCAUCCCAAUCUUCUUUCUCUCUUUAUUAGGAGUUAGCUCUGUGGGGAUCAACUAUGGUCAGCUCGGAAACAAUUUGCCAUCUCCGGAGAAAGUUCUUAAUCUUCUGAGCGCUUCCAAGUUCACAAAAGCAAGAAUCUAUGACACCAAUCCUCAAAUUUUGACAGCAUUUGCUAACUCCAGCAUUGAGCUUAUUGUAACGAUUGAAAAUGGGAUGCUACCAGUUUUAGUGGACCCUCAACAAGCUCUUCAAUGGGUUAUUACCCACAUCAAACCUUACUUUCCGGCCACAAGGAUCACUGGAAUUGCCGUCGGAAAUGAAGUAUUCACGGGUGACGACACCAGCCUGGUCGGAUACCUCGUCCCUGCCAUAUUCAGCAUCCAUGGAGCUCUAGCUCAACUAGGUUUAGACAGAUAUAUUCAGGUCUCGACACCAUGCUCGCAAGCAGUUCUUGAGCAAUCCUACCCACCUUCAGCCGGUAGUUUCAAACCGGAGGUUACAGGAAUCAUGUGGCAAUUCUUACAGUUCCUGUCGGAAACUAAUUCUCCGUUUUGGAUCAAUGCGUACCCAUAUUUCGCUUACAAAGGGGAUCCCGCCAACAUUUCUUUAGACUACGCGCUUCUCAAGCCGAACUCAGGAAUGGUCGAUCCAAACACAAAAUUACACUACGACAACAUGCUCUACGCUCAAGUAGACGCUGUCAUUUUCGCCAUGGCUAAGAUGGGGUACGAUGCAAUCGAGGUAAGGGUAUCGGAGACAGGAUGGCCGUCCAAAGGGGAUCCCGAGGAGGUCGGUGCCUCAGCACAGAAUGCUGAGCUUUACAACCGAAAUCUGUUGAAACGGCAGCAUAGUAAUGAAGGGACACCAUUGAGGCCUAACAUGAGAUUAGAAGCGUAUUUAUUUGCUUUGUUCAACGAAGAUUUGAAGCCCGGACCGACAUCGGAAAGGAACUACGGCCUGUUCCAACCGGACAUGACAAUGGCUUACAAUGUGGGACUCUCUGACUUAGGAACAGCCUCAGCUUCCAUUUCUCUUACGUCCUCUGGAACAAAGGCAGCGGUGAUCGAAUAUCAAAGCUUGGUGUACUUGAUGUUUGUGUAUUUGCUGACAUUCCAAGUUUUUAUGAGAAGAAGACAAUAUUAAGCAAAUGGAGUUCAUGUAAAUAUUAAUUUUUUGGUAAGAAACAUUGGGGUAUUUUUUCUACUUCAAAAUAAUAAAGGACCAUAGAUCAACAAGACCAAAAGUACCCCAAUUUUGCACCAAAACUUUAAAAACUCCUCAGAAUGAUGAUCCUCUUGGCUUCAAAUGUUCAAACCAUCAUUAGCUUGGGUAUAACUUUCAUAGUUAAUCAAUCAAUCGCACACACGAUGCAUCAGUAGGGAAAUGAAGAGGUUAUUAUUAU